AUGCCACAACAUACUCCGGAUACGACUUAUAAUGUAAUAUGUGCUCCUGGCAGCAGCGACAAGAGUGUUGCUGUUGUCAUUGACGGACAGCGAUACCCUCUUAAACCAUCACCAUCCUCAUCGAUUUUGUUCACCGGGAAUGCACCUUCAUCUCAAAACUACCAUUAUGCAAUCACAGAUGGUCAGGGCGACAUCCUUGAAGAGGAGACAUUCACUCGAGCUCUCCAGGAGGGCAGCGGCAGUAACACCCCGAACGAAUUUUACAACAGGACUUGGACAACAAAAUCAGUACGGCAAUUGCCUGCCGUGUACCCGCCACACAAGACCUUCCCUUCGGAGCUUCAUCCUACUGACGAGAUUCCAACGUUCCAUUUCCAAGCACAACAAAGCGAGAUUGACAAUAUGCAUAAGAAUGUUAAUGAUGAUCUGACCGUUUUUGGAACAAUGACUUAUAUUCGGCGUGAUGGUGUCCAAACCUUUUCAACAGUGAAAGCCAAGAUCAGCGGCCGUAAUGCACGUCGAUACGAAAAACUCUCUUAUAACAUAAAUCUCAAUGGCAAAGGAGAAAACCUCUAUGGUUGCAGUCGAUUCAAACUCCGUGCACUUGGAACAACAGAUCCUGCAUAUAUUCGGGAGGAUUUGGCUUACAAAACGCUCGUCUCCAUGGGCGUACCCACGACUGGGGCGUCUUUUGCAAGAGUCUUCUUUAAUGGCCAACCGAUGGGUCUCUAUACAAUGAUCGAGCACUUUAAACCAUCUUGGCUUCGGAUGGUAUUUGGCGAUGGUACUAAGAAGUACAAGCAUGGGAUAUUAUACCAAGGCCACAAGAGAACCCCGGCCUCUGACCUUGCUGGUCACUACUCCGAUUUGGAAUAUUACGAAAAUAACAUUACUGCCUAUGAUGACGGCCAAUACUUAAUCAAGGAGGAGCCAUCUGGGGGCCAAAAGCUAGGGUACCAGCCAUUGAUGGAUCUUACCAAGAUUUUACAAGAGUCAAAUACCGAAGACUGGGACAGCCAGCUCGAUAUGGAAGUUUUCAUGCGAUUCAUGGUACACGAGUUCUUUGCUGGGCUAUCCGACAACUUUAUUAUCAACUACAACAACUACUUCCUGUACCAAGAUCCCAGCCAAAAGAAUCGGUUCACUUUUAUCAAUGCAGACUUGAACCGAGCACUCGGCAAUACCAUCUACUCCAUGGCACACAUGCUUAAGGGCGACUUUAGUUCGUUCGUGCUGGAGAAAGAAGGAAUCGCAGAAAGCCAUGCACCGCCUCCCAUGGUUAAGCUAAUGAAAUCACCCAAGCACAGCGAUCGAAUUAAGGAGCUUAUUCGCGAAUUAAAUGAUAAGCUCUUCAGCCCGGCCGUACUGAACCCUACAAUUGAUGACAUCGUAGCGCUUAUAGAAGAUGACGUACAGUGGGACCAAGAGCUGCCAAAGCCAGGCAAGUUGAAGAUGUCUGGAAAGCGAAAGCCUGGGCAGGAGGUCAACAUGCGCAAUACCGAUGAGGCCUAUGAUACGUGGGUCGUAGCACGAGAUGGCAUACCAUUCAAGAAAGCUGUCAAUGGACCUGUCGAAGACCAUCCUUCCACCAUUGGCGUCAAAGAAUGGAUCGAGAAGAAGAAUAAAGCCGUAGCAAGUGUGAAUUAG